AUGUGGAGAGGCAGAUUUAUCUCCACGGCAGUGUUGGCUCAAGCCAUAGGUACAUGGGCGGCCACAGUAACCUAUGAUUGGGAAGUCACUUGGGUCCAUGCUGCCCCAGAUGGCUUCUCCAGGCCUAUUAUCGGCAUCAAUGGCCACUGGCCGUGUCCACGAAUUGAGGCCAAUGUUGGCGAUACGGUGGUGGUUAACUUGAAGAAUAACCUGGGCAACGAAACAACGGGCCUUCACUUCCAUGGUAUCGAUCAGAUCAACAGCAACUUCUACGACGGAGCAUCCAUGGUCAACUCGUGCCCAGUCAUACCGGGCAGCUCCACCUCUUAUACAUUCCUGGCCAAUGCUCCUGGGACAUAUUGGUACCAUUCGCACAAUAUGGGCCAGUAUCCUGAUGGCCUGCGUGGUGCCUUGAUCAUUCGCGACCCGCAAGACCCAUACGCCGGCGACUAUGAUGAGGAAGUUAUCCUUGAGGUGUCUGACUGGUACCACAACCAGACUAUCUCCAUGGUUCAGGCCAUGCUGUCUCCGAACAACACCCAAUGGCGUCCUCCAAUUCCUGACAGCAUGAUUGUCAACGAAGGUGGAAACCCAAACAUUGCCUUUGACGUCGGAAAGACUUACCGCGUCCGACUCAUCAAUUAUGCUGCAUUGACAGCCUUCAUGCUCCAGUUCAGCAAGCACACUAUGCAGGUCAUUAUGACGGACGGAUCAUAUGUUCAGCAGCAGGCCACAGAUCAAAUACGCAUCGCCCCUGCCCAGCGCUAUGACGUCCUGAUCACCGCCAGUGGAGGUAACAAGGGCCGGAACUUCCCGUACUUGUUCAGCAUGGAUUUGAACAGAGACUUUACGGAGAGUGCUGUAUGGGACUUCAACACGACCGGAUACCUCAUUACAGACGCAGACUUGCCAUAUACUGGAGAGGUUAUCGUAGAUUCAUGGCAACCAUUCUUUGAAGGAUACUUUUCCCCGCUCGACAAUCAAGCUGCAUUCGGCCCGGUGACCAAGACCUGGCAAUUAGACUUUGGUCUUUGCUUGGAUACAAGUGGAAUUCCUCGCAUGUGUUUCAACAACCAGACAUACAUCACCCAGAAGACACCUACCCUGUAUACUGCCGCUACAGUCGGUGAUGACAACACGGAACCCGACGUAUAUGGCGCCGUCUUGCCCUUCAUUGUUGAAUAUGGGGACGUUGUCGACCUGAUUGUGAACAACCUCGAUCCAGCGAUUCACCCCUUCCAUCUACACGGCCACCAGUUCCAAAUAGUUGACCAUCCUCUCAGCGGCGCCGGUGUCUUCAGCGGCGGUCAGGGGAAAAAGUAUCCACCAAGGCGUGAUGUCAUCGCUAUCAAUGGUGAUUCUCAUGCUAGGCUACGGUUUGUGGCCAAUAACCCAGGCAUCUUUUUAUUCCACUGCCAUAUUGAGUGGCAUGUUGAGAUGGGUCUGACGGCCACACUGAUCGAGGCCCCCGAGAAGCUCCGCGACUAUCCUAUUCCGCAGGAUAUGAUCGACUCAUGUCAGGAACAGGGCAUCCCGACUGAGGGUAAUGCUGCUGGCAACAUUGAUGAUCCACUGGACUUUUCGGGGUUUAACAUAGUGCCGUCUUCGCAGUACUAUGGUGCCCUGUGGCCGUACCCUGGUGGCCCUAAUAGUAGGCGCGUCAAGCGAAAUCCUAUGAGGAGUACCAAGAGAAAUACGAAUGGCCGGGGUCGUAUCACAUGGUGA